AUGAAGAAUCUUGAGAAAAAUCCCUAUUUAACCUACUACGGUCUAUCAUCUGAAAUAGUGAUGAAAUCUUAAGUCAGAGCUUCUUAGUCUAAAAUAGAAGAUAUUCUACUGUUAGUUUCAACUAUUGGAAUUUCAAUGACAAUCAUCAUAGUAGUACUUUAUGAUAUAAAUGAAAGCAGUGUUGAAACUGGCUCAUACAUAUAUGCUCUUAUAGCUUUACCAGCAGUUAUUUAUUCAAGCAUUACGCUCAUUAAUGGCUAUAUUGAUCAAAAGACUCUAUUUGAUUACUUACUUGAAUUCUGUGAACAAAUUCUUGUGUGGGAAUGA